AUGGAAACCAGAGACCGUGGCCGAGAGCAACCAGGCGGUUACGGCGGAAGAGGAACUCGGCAACCACCGGAGGAGCCGACUCUGCAACCAGAAUGGCGUCGUGCUGGAGAAAGACAGCAGGAGCUGAUUCUGCAACCGGAAUGGCGACGACGGAGGCCGAGCGGUUCUCCCUCCGAGUCUUCUAAUCGCGGAAGUGAGGAAGAGAUUCUUCUCCAACCAGAAUGGAGGCGCUCCAAGCCAAAUGCGACUGCGAGUGGUAGCGUCUGGGAACCAGAAUGGAGGCGAUCGAGGCCAACUGCAACUGCAUUUCCGUGGAACCAAAACUAUGGCGUUCAAAAACAAGGAGGAACGAGUUCCGGUGGUGUUGAAAAAGGUAGAGAUGCUAAUGACUCUUGGCGACCAGCUUCAGGUAUAUUCACUGUUCAACUAUCAAUUUUCCUUGCAGAUUCUGUAGUUUCCAAACUGGAAGGACUACAAAUAUCAAAACAGUUAGUUGUAUCUUCUUGUGCCCUUGAAAAAAAGGAUAGAAUUUCACCUAUUCGGAGACCUGAUAAUGGUGGCACGUUAGCCAUUCUGAUGAGCAGACUUCGUGUCAAUCAUUUUCCUGUUAACUUCAAUCCAGAGAGUAUAAUAAUGCAUUAUAAUGUUGAUGUCAAACCAAAGUUUAUAUCAAAAUUUGGCCAGCCUCAGAAAUUAUCGAAGUCUGAUCUGUCCAUGAUCAGAGAGAAACUGUUUUCUGAUGAUCCGGAAAGGUUGCCCUUGGAAAUGACCGCACAUGAUGGUGCAAAAAAUAUUUUUAGUGCAGUACAAUUACCAGAAGAGACCUUUACUGUGGAUAUCUCGGAUGGAGAGGAUGAAAAGACCCUUUCAUAUAGUGUUAGCUUAACACUUGUUAAUAAACUCAGGCUUCGCAAGUUAAUGGACUAUCUAAAUGGGCAUACUUUCUCCAUUCCUAGGGAUAUUUUACAAGGGAUGGAUGUGAUGGUGAAAGAGAAUCCAGCUAGACGCACUGUUUCUGUGGGACGGCACUUCUAUCCCACAAAUCCUCCUUUGGUGGCAAAAGAUCUUCACCACGGGAUAAUUGCCGUUGGGGGGUUUCAGCAUAGUUUAAAACCUACGUCUCAGGGUCUGUCCUUGUGUGUAGACUACUCAGUGUUGGCUUUCCGAAAACGAAUGUCAGUCUUGGAUUUUUUGCAUGACCGUAUUGAUAACUUUAAAUUGGAUGAAUUUGAAAACUUCAGGAAAUAUGUUGAAGAGGCACUUAUUGGAUUGAAAGUUAAUGUGACUCAUCGUAAAUCCAAAAAUAAAUACAUUAUUUCAAGAUUAACACCUAUGAUCACAAGGUAUGUCACUUUUCCUAUUGACAAUACCGAUGGCUGGAGACCCUCUAAGGAUGUUAGUCUUCUUAGUUUUUUUAAAGAUAAAUAUGGAAAGGACAUCAUGUACAAAGAUAUUCCUUGUCUAGAUUUAGGGAAGGACAACAAGAAGAACUAUGUACCCAUGGAAUUCUGUGUUUUGGUUGAGGGCCAAAGAUAUCCCAAAGAACGUCUAGAUGGUGUGGCUGCAAAGACAUUGAAAGCAAUGUCACUAGCUCACCCAAAUGAGAGGGAAUGUGUGAUACAGAAGAUGGUGCAGUCUAGUGAUGGACCUUGUGGUGGUGAUCUUAUUCAAAAUUUUGGAAUGAUUGUCAACACAAACAUGACAACCAUUAUAGGACGUGUAAUUGGCCCUCCAGAAUUGAAGUUAGGUGAUCCAAAUGGAAAGAUUAUCAAAACAACAGUGGAUAUGGAGAAAUGUCACUGGAACCUUGCUGGAAGAUCAAUGGUGGAAGGAAAACCAAUUGAGAAUUGGGCCAUUCUUGAUUUCACUAGUUUUGGUCCGUUCAAGUACAAAUUAAGAGCCAAGGAAUUCAUUCAAAAGUUUAUUGGUAAAUACAAGAAAUUGGGUAUAUACAUGCAGGAGCCCAUUUGGUAUGAAGAAUCUUCAAUGAAGAUACUUGCAAAUUAUGAUUUACUAUUUGAAUUACUUGUAAAAAUUAACAACAUUUGUAAAUAUAACCAAGGUCACCUGCAAUUUCUUCUCUGUGUAAUGGCUAAAAAAAGUACUGGGUACAAGUACCUCAAGUGGAUUUCUGAGACCAAAGUUGGUAUAGUGACUCAAUGUUGCUUGUCUAAUAGUGCUAAUGAAGGGGAGGACAAAUUUUAUUCUAAUCUGGCUCUCAAGAUUAAUGCCAAACUUGGAGGCAGUAAUGUGGAGCUCAGUAAUAGGCUCCCUUACUUUGAGAGUGAAGGGCAUGUUAUGUUUGUAGGGGCUGACGUCAAUCAUCCUGGUUCUCGGGACACCAGGAGUCCAUCAAUUGCUGCUGUGGUUGCAACUGUUAAUUGGCCUGCUGCAAAUCGUUAUGCAGCACGUGUUUCCCCACAAUAUAAUCGAAGUGAGAAAAUAUUGAACUUUGGGGAGGUUUGUCUUGAGCUUGUUGCAUGUUACAAGAGGAUGAAUGGAGUCAGGCCAGAAAAAAUUGUUGUUUUUCGUGAUGGGGUGAGUGAGUACCAGUUUGACAUGGUUCUUAAUGAAGAGCUUCUAGAUUUGAAGAGAGCAUUCCAAAGAUUGAAUUACUUUCCAACAGUCACUCUUAUUGUAGCACAAAAACGACAUCAAACUCGUUUGUUUCCAGAGGGUUGGAGGGAUGGAUCUUCCAGUGGCAAUAUUUUGCCAGGAACAGUUGUGGACACAAAAGUUACACACCCGUUUGAGUUUGAUUUUUACCUUUGUAGUUACUAUGGAAGUCUAGGUACAAGCAAGCCCACUCAUUACCAUGUCUUAUGGGAUGAGCACAAGUUUACAUCUGAUGAAUUGCAGAAGCUCAUAUAUGAUAUGUGCUUCACCUUUGCCAGGUGCACUAAACCUGUAUCUUUAGUUCCUCCAGUGUACUAUGCUGACCUUGCUGCUUAUAGAGGACGAUUAUACCAUGAAGCAAGGAUUGGGAUGCAAUCUCUGAAGUCAGCAGCAUCUGCAUCUUCUACGGAUGCUUCAUCAGUUUCACAAACAGCUUCAUUUGAACAGGGAUUUUACAGGUUGCAUGCUGACCUGGAAAACAUAAUGUUCUUCAUCUAA